GACAGUAGUAGAUCUAAGGUUUCUCUACAUGACUUUACUAAAGUCUACACUAUAAUCUUUUUAAUGCAUAUUUUUAACAUCUAUUUCAGGUUGUUGGAAGAAGAUGUUGAAGAUGUUUAAAGAUUUUUUUUUAUUUUUUCUGGCUGUGCCUCUGCUGUAUGGUUGGUGUAGUUGCUAAUGAAGUAAAGUCAGUAUUAGUAAUGAAGGGGAAAUCUGUCACUCUAAACAUUCCUGUUACUGAAAAACAGGACAUUACUAUGAUCAUGUGGACGUUUGGAACUAACAAAUCACUCGUAGCUAAAACUGGCAGAGAGUUAAGAAAUAUCACUAUAUAUGACGGUCCUGAUGGAAGAUUCAGAGACAGACUCAAGCUGGACAAUCAAACUGGAUCUCUGACCAUCACAAACACAACAAUCACAGAUUCUGGACUUUAUGAAGUGACCAUCAAAAGAAGCAGCAAAAAGACCACAUACACAUUCAGUGUUACUGUCUAUGCACCAGACCCACACACUCCCUCACAACCUACUUUACAUCCUACUUCAGGUCCUACUUCAGCUUCUCCUUCAGGUCCUACUUCAGGUUCUCCUUCAGGCUCUUCUCCAGAUGCUCUAAUAAUAAUGGUUUCUGCUGGUGGUGGUGCUGGAUUUCUGUUGCUUGUGGCUUUAGUCGGGAUCUUCUGCAUUUGCAGAAAACAAAGAAAAACAAACCAACAAGCUGAGACCCGUGAGGAAGAGAUCACUUAUGCUGAUCCGACAUUCUACAAAAGAAAUGCACAGAAACCGAGUGCUAAACAGGAGGAUGAUGUGGUGUAUGCACGGGUCGUCACCAGACGCUGACUAUAUCUCUGUCCUCAUCAAUGGUGUUCUGAUCAAAAAGGUUUACAUGCACACUAGAAAACCAGUUAUUCCAACAAAGCUUUUUCAGAUUUAAAUUUGGUGUUGCUGCUUACAUGCACAACACCACAUCUUAUCUUCAUGCAAAUGCAUGUUCUUCCUGUUUGUUUUGUUUUUUGAAAAGUGCAUGUGUAUGAGAGAUAUAACUAAAGUAACAACACAUAACACUGUUUUCUGCAGAAACUUAGCAAUAAACCUUGUCUUGAGUCUAAUAGUAAUUUGACCCUUUUUCAGAUGUUUUCAUUUACUUUGAGUAAUUUUUAAAUCUGAUUAUUGUGAUCCUGCAUCAUACUGGAAAAGUUCAGCAUAAUGGGCCAUUAACCUGAAUUUAUUCAAGAGUUUUUAAUGUUUCUAAUUCUAAUUGUUUUUAAUUUAUAUCCUGCCCCUGAGCCAUUAUUGGGUUUGUGGGAUAUGCACACCUUUUUUGCAUUUUUGAUUCUGAUGUGAGAGCUCACAUGUCAUUGGCUUAGAUAUUUGUUCACAAGUAUUUAUUUCUAGCAGGUUGUUUUUUGUUGUUGUUGUUGUUUUAGUCGGUGUAUGUUUAGGAAAUCCCAGUAGACUUUUAGCAGCCAUUUUAUAUGUUCUAGGAGCUUAUUCUUUUCUAUUUAAAAACACAACAAAACUUGUGCAAUAAACACAAAACUUGAGCAAUAACAGUACUAGUUUAAUGUAAUGAUACAUAUUAGCAGCAAGCAGAUGUUUUUGGUUUAUUAUUUUCAGAACUGCAUUUCAACAGACUCAAACCCCAGAAGGCCUCAUUUUUAGAUCUGGAAAGAAAUGUGUUUUUGUCUGUUGGGUAGACAGUUUGUACAUGAGAAUGUGGUGAACACUGGACGUUUGUGGUUAAUGUGCAUCAGUGUCUGCAUGUCUUAAGGCGUAGAUAGUGUGAGUGUGUGUUCCUGUAAAUCGCUUGAGGUUAAAAAAAAAAAAAAAUCCAUAUUUUCACUUCCUCUUUCUGAGAAAUAAAGUUUUACUGCUAAAUAAAUUUAAAACGGCAGAUGUUUAAAAAAAAAAAAAAAAAAAAAAAAACAUACUCCCUGUGCAAUCUUACUGUUGUGAUUGUGAAAUAUUAAAAAUAUAUCACAUGCUUUGUGUACCUGAAAUGUAAGGUUGAUAUUUAGUGGCAUACACAUUGCUUAGUAUAAUCUUGCCUUAUACAGAUGUGACAAUGCAGAUAAGAAGUGUUAGUUUCAGAAGUUAUUUCCAGCUCCAGCAACACUUAGUUAUUUCUGAGAAGUUUCCACUGCUCUUGUUAUCAUACAUAUAUGUUUUGUAUCAUGUUGGUCUGUCCAUUUCAAGGA